AUCCUUUAUAUACCUUGUUGGCUUCAUCAAUGGGUAUAAUUAAAGGAAAUGGUACAUUGUUCAUGUUGAAGUGGAGUGUUAAAUAAAAACACGUCGCGCUCUCAGUCUUUAUUUAUUUUUCAAGUUCGCGAAUAUUUUUUUUUUCUUCCUCUUCUCUCUGUAUCAAACCAACAACAUUUAAGCAUGAACGUAGCUAAACCACGUAGUAUGCCGGCGGGUGCCCGUAAUGUACUUCGAUCCAAUGAUUCAGCGAGUCUUUGGAAUUGUACUUUAUCACCUGGUUGGACCGAAGAAGAAUCCGAAAUUUUAAGAAAAGCUUUGAUGAAGUUUGGUGUGGGUAAUUGGGCAAAGAUCAUUGACAGUGCCUGUUUACCAGGUAAAACCAAUGCCCAAAUGAAUCUUCAAUUACAACGAUUAUUGGGACAACAAAGUACAGCAGAAUUUGCAAGUCUUCAUAUUGAUCCUAAAGUGAUUGGUGCCAAGAAUGCUUUAAUUCAAGGACCUGGUAUUAGACGUAAGAAUAACUGUAUUGUCAACACUGGUGGUAAGCUCUCGCGUGAGGAACUGAAGAAUAGGGUUAUUGCUAACCGAGAAGCAUACCAAUUACACGAAUCAGAAUACAAAGAUAUUGUUUUACCCAAAGUAGUAGAUCCUAUGGCCACACUUGAACAAAAAAGAGAAAGCCUGAGAAGAUUAGAAUUGGAACUCCAAAAGGUACGACAGAGUAUCAUGUUGAUUGGAGAAGCGCAUCCAUCUCGCAUUGAUAAAUUAAAAUCAAAGUUACUGUCUACUUCGCCCAAGACACCUGGUACACCCACACCAGGCAGUCCUAUUUCAACCACUCCAGAUACCCCAGAGGUAGAAAUGCAGCCAUCUGAAGAUCAGGAUUUACUUUUGGCUAUUGCUUUACAAAAGGAAGAGGAUGAAUUAGUGGAUAUGCUUGACUCGGACUCAGAUGAGGAUGAAGUUGAUUUUACUCAUGCCAAGAAAAGAAAGGUUACUAAAGGCAAGGUUACACGUAGAUAAUAAAAAGGGAAACGCCUCACCAGCCUCAAUUACAAAAUUGAUUUUUUUAUUUU